CGAUAAUUUAAAAACUAUUUUGCGGCCAGGCGCCAGUGCCUUGGCCUAUAAUCUGAGCCUGCUUGGGAGGCUCAGAUCUGGAGAGUCACGAUUCCUCACCAGCCCGGGCAAACAGUUCACAAGAUCCCAUCUCCAAAUGGAUCAGAGGUGUGGCUCAAAUGGCAGAGUGCCUGUUUGCAAGCACGAAACCCUGUAGCUCAAACCCCGGUGUGUUUUAAACUUUGCGGGGCCAAGCCAUCUAGCAGAAGUCUGUUUUUAAUGCUGGAGACCUGCUGCUGAACGGCUGCUCUGCCCGGCUUUCCCUUGAAUCCUCCGCGAGGGACCAACGGCAGCAGGUGUCCCAGGUUCCCUCACACACCGCACACAACGCCCUCUUCCGUCCUUGUCAGUGACCCUGCCGUCUCCAGGGGCUUUCAGAAGCGAAACCACACCAGGCGCCGCCCUGGUCCUAAAUUUGCACUCUUCUUCCACCUUCCAGCACCGGGCUGGGCUUGGCAAGGCAUAAUACCCUGGGCAUGAUGCACAGCGGACUCCUCCCAGGUGACGAGGGAAGGCGCUGACCGUGUCCACCUCCUCGGGGGCUGCUGGCCUCUUCCCACCCAGGGGCUAGGCUUGCGUGCCAUCUUCCGCCUGCCCCUCGCUCCCGUCUGUGUCCACCGCAAGACUUCCAGCAGCUGGUGCAUCGGCGAUGUGUCUUCCUCCGACCUCCCCCAGGCCGAUGCACCGGCCACAAAGGAGGCCUCUGGGUCCCGCCCCGUUCGGAGGGGUGCAGUGGCCUCCCGCUCUGGCCCCGUUGCCUGGCGGCCCAGCUGGGUCAGAUACCUGUGCCUUCCUCCAAAGUGAGGUCCGAACCUCGGCGGCCAGGGUGGAUCCCAGCAGCCAAGCUCCUCAGAAGCGUCCUCCCGGGGCGAAGUAACCGUUGCUAGGGGCAGGACGACCGGAAGUAGGUCUCGCGCCUGCGCCGAGGGAGGCCCGCGGCCGCGCACAGGGGAAGCGAGUGGGUGCCGCGCUCGGCAUGGCGGAACCCGACCCGGACCCAGAGCAGAUCCGCCUGAAGUGCAUCCGUAAGGAAGGCUUCUUCACGGUGCCUGCAGAACACAGGCUGGGACAAUGCCGGAGCGUGAAGGAGUUUGAGAAGCUGAACCGCAUCGGCGAGGGCACCUAUGGCAUUGUGUAUCGAGCCAGGGACACCCAGACAGAUGAGAUUGUUGCCUUGAAGAAGGUGCGGAUGGACAAGGAGAAGGAUGGCAUCCCCAUCAGCAGCCUGCGGGAGAUCACACUUCUCCUGCGCCUUCGCCAUCCCAACAUCGUGGAGCUGAAGGAGGUGGUUGUGGGGAACCACCUGGAGAGCAUCUUCCUGGUGAUGGGUUACUGUGAGCAGGAUCUGGCUAGCCUCCUGGAGAAUAUGCCAACCCCCUUCUCUGAGUCCCAGGUCAAGUGCAUCAUGCUACAGGUGCUCAGGGGCCUCCAGUACCUGCACAAGAACUUCAUCAUCCACAGGGACCUGAAGGUCUCCAACCUGCUCAUGACAGACAAAGGCUGUGUAAAAACAGCGGAUUUCGGCCUGGCCCGGGCAUAUGGUGUUCCAGUAAAGCCAAUGACCCCCAAGGUGGUUACCCUCUGGUACCGAGCCCCUGAGCUACUGCUGGGAACCACCACCCAGACUACCAGCAUCGAUAUGUGGGCUGUGGGCUGCAUCCUGGCUGAACUGCUGGCCCACAAGCCCCUCCUCCCUGGCACUUCUGAGAUCCACCAGAUCGACCUGAUCGUACAGCUGCUAGGGACACCCAGUGAGAACAUCUGGCCAGGCUUCUCCAAGCUGCCACUGGCUGGCCAGUACAGCCUACGGAAGCAGCCAUACAACAACCUCAAGCACAAGUUCCCAUGGCUGUCAGAGGCCGGACUGCGCCUGCUCAACUUCCUCUUUAUGUAUGACCCCAAGAAAAGGGCAACAGCGGGGGACUGCCUGGAGAGCUCCUACUUCAAGGAGAAGCCCCUACCCUGCGAGCCGGAGCUCAUGCCUACCUUCCCCCACCACCGCAAUAAGCGGGCUGUCCCUGCCACCUCUGAGGGCCAGAGCAAGCGGUGCAAGCCCUGAUGGUGGGCCCAAC